AUGGUCGAAGAAUUCUCUCUUGAUGAUGGCCCAGUCGAAGCGCCUCCAGGGGUGAUGGAUGGUAAGACAAUUUGUGAACCCCUCACUGAGGUUCCUGAUCCCGCUCGGCUUGUGUUCGAGAAGUGGAGUUGCUGCUUUGCACAAGAGGUGCGCCAGCUGGUUCUUGAUGGAGCACCACCUGGAAAUAUUUUUGGAGCAGACUUAUCCAGUGACCUUAUGGAUAUGGGUCAUAAGCUAUUCCUUGAUGAAGAUAAACUAGGAGUCAGAUUUAUCCAAAGCGAUAUUCUUGAUAAACAGUCCACUCUAAGGGUGGAGUUCAAGGGUCUAUAUGAUGUGAUUCAUGCAAGCAAUUUCUUCCACGUUUGGCCAUGGGCAAAAACAAUACAAGUCGCGAAAGAUGCUCUUGAUCUGCUUAGUGACAAGCCUGGAUCGGUCAUUUUAGGAACCCAGGUUGGCACAAGGAGGGCCAAGAACGUGAAUUUCCCUCACAUUAACAGAAGUGCGUUUUUCCAUACCACUGAAACCUGGAAGAGGCUUUGGGGAGUGGCAGCGAAUGAAACAGGAUCGAGACUCGAUGUUCAGGUCACCGAAGAUUACUUCCCUGAUCAGGAUAUACAUGGGUGGCCCGAGGAGCUGGAAUUUAUCCGGCUACGCUUUAUUAUCAGAAGAACUUGA